AUGCUUGUGGGUAGUCCCGGCAGUAGCGGCAGCGGCCACUCCAUUCGCCUGGGGACCAACGAGGAUGCGUCGCAGCACAUGCCUGUGCUCUUUCCCACCUAUGCCCAGCAGCAACAGCAGCAGCAGCAGCAACAGCAACAGCAAGAGCGUGUAGUACCUGACGCGCGACGUGGUGCGCCGCAACUGGCGGCGCCGAUGCGGCCGGCGGCGCAGGUGAAGAUGCGGCUGGGCACCAACGAGGACGUCUCGCAGUACAUGCCUCCAAUCCACCGCGCCUCCGCUGGUCCCGCUGCGCCUCAAGCCAGCCCUUUCGGCGCUGCGGACGUGGCGUCCAUGCUGGGCGCGCGCGUCGACGCCAUGACGAUUUCGCCGGGGGGGCCGCCCAGGCGGACCAGCUUCGAGGCCAGCCCCAAGGCGGGCCGCGACGCGUUGGCGGCGGUGGAGCGCUCGCAGUCGCACGACAGUCGCGGUCUCGCAGCCGGCCCGCGCGGCAGCGCGCCAAUGGCGGGUGGCAGCCCGCGGAAGGACGGGUUGGCGCCUGGGAUGGCGGGGUCCCCAUCGUACGCCGCGCGACCCCUCUUCCCCGAUCGAGGCGUCGGGUUUCCAUCCGCCGCGGGCUCUCAGGGCAUGCGCGCCGCGCCGUACGCUCCGCGUUCCGCUCAGGCCAGCAGCCCGCCAAGCGCGCACGUUCCCGCGGCGAGGGGGUCGGGCGGGGGAAUGGGGUCGGGCGGGGGAACGGGGUGGGGCGCGGGGAGGCAGCAGCAGGCGCCGAUGCCGCUACCGGGGCGGCAGGCGUCGGGGGGGGCGGGGGGCGAGUCGUGGGACAACAUGGGCAUGAGCGCGGGGCUCAGCUCCACGUGGAGCGACCUCGACACGCGCUCCAUCGGCAGCGCGGGGGGCAGCAGCGCGCGCCUGACGGAGGGCGGGGGGGGCGCGGAGUGCCGGCAGUUCAGCUUGGCGCAGCUGGCGGCCGCCACCGACAACUUCAGCGACGCCAACCUGCUGGGCCGCGGCGCCUUCGGCAUGGUGCACAAGGGGCGGCUGCUGGGGUGUGCGGUGGCGGUGAAGCGGCUGGAGGGCGGGGGGUGGCAGGGGCCCAGCGAGUACCGCAUGGAGGUGGAGGUGCUGAGCCGCAUGCGCCACCCGAACAUCGUGCUGCUCAUGGGCCACUGCCCCGACGCCAUGUGCCUCGUCUACGAGUACCUCCCAGGUGGCUCGCUGCAGGACCACCUCAACCCCGCCGCCCGGGGUGCUGGGCGGCGCCCUUUGUCUGUGGUGGAGCGCGUGCGCGUGGCAUCAGAGGUGGCAUCAGCGCUGCUGUUUCUGCACCACCACGACCCGCCCAUCGCCCAUCGCGACCUCAAGCCCGACAACGUGCUGCUGGACGCCAACCGCGGCUCCAAGCUCGCCGAUGUGGGGCUGGCGCGCCUCAUCGCGGAGGACGACAACGUCACGGCGCGCGUGCGCGGCACAGCGGGGUACAUCGACCCGGAGGAGGUGGUGACGUGUGAGAUCAGUGUGCUGUCGGACAUCUACGCGCUGGGGCUCAUCAUGCUGCAGCUGCUCACGGGCGAGCCGCACGUCAAGGGCGUGCAGCGCCUGCUCGUCGACCUCGUCGCCACGGGCGCCUACAACUCGGGCGCGGCGGGGCUGGCGCGCGCCGUGGACAUGGUGUUGGCGCGCCUCGACACGUCCGCGGGCGAGUGGGAGCGCGACGUGGCGGUGGAGUUUGCGCGGCUGGCGCUACGCUGUGCGGACCGGCAGCGCGCGAGGCGGCCGGACCUGGACGGCGAGUUGCAGCCGGCGCUGGUGGCCAUGGCGGAGCGCUGCAAGGACGCUGCGGAGCGCCGCCGCGGCCACAUGGACUCACAGCUGCUCUGCCCUCUCAGUCAGGAGCGCAUGAGUGACCCGGUGGUGGCAGCAGACGGCUUCACAUACGAGCGCAGCAGCAUAGAGGAGUGGCUCAAGACACACGACACGUCGCCCGUCAACGGCCAGCCGCUGCCACACAAUUUCCUCACGCCCAACAACACUCUGCGCAUGCUGCUCAACUCCCACGGCUAG